AUGGGAAGUUUUACAGAAGAUAAGAAAGAAAUUAUAAAAUUAGAGGAUGCUUAUAAGUUAUAUAAUUUCAAUAGAGAUAACACAUUAUCAGUAUUACAAGAAAAUGACGACUGUAUGCCUCAUUCUAUAAUUCUUGAUAAUAAGAGUCUAAAUAUAUUUAAUAUGGACUCUGCAAAGUAUCAAAAAAGCGAGUAUAAAAGAAUAUUUAAUUUAAACUCAAGAAAAUUUACAGACGAACCAAAUUUUGCUUCAGCACUUUCAUAUGAAGAUGUAUCAUCGGAUUCUGAAGAAACUAAAAAGAAUGAAGAAGAGAAUGAUAUAACUCAACCACGUAUACACACAAUUCUAAGUUUUUUUAUUCCUUUUAUAGGUUGCCUUUCCUAUUUAAUAAAUUUAAAAUACCCUGAACCAUCGUUAAGACGUCAAUACGCCAAAAAAGCCUUAUGUGUAGGAAGCGCUUUAAGUGUUAUUUAUUCUUUCAUUCUUUGUUCCUUGUUAGGACAAUAUAUUUAUCAAUACGAUAAUAAGGAAAUGCAUGGAUAUACAUAUUGA